AUGGACCGAUCGCUCCUGGUAGCAGCCAUAUCAGGUGAUGAGGUAUCAAUGAAGAACAUGGCUUCGGAGAAUCCAAGCUUGCUCCUUGGAACAACUCCUCAGGGGAACACCUGCCUCCACAUCUCCUCCAUCCAUGGCCACAUGCGGUUCUGCAAGGAAAUCUUGGCGUUGAAGCUGGACCAGAACUCUCUCCUCGCCACCGUCAACGCGGACGGCGAGACGCCACUGCUCACCGCCGUGACGAGCGAGCAUCCCUCCCUGGCUUCGCUUUUCCUUAGAUGCUGCCACGAGCUGAAGCUGAGUGAGGCCAUCUUGAAGCGAGAUAAGAACGGGUGCAACGCGCUGCACCAUGCAAUUCGCAGCGGCCAUAGGGAGCUCGCGCUGGAGCUGAUAGCAGCAGAGCCUGCCCUGUCACGCGCCGUGAACCAGUACAACGAGUCACCCAUGUUCAUCGCCGUGAUGAGAGGCCUUACGGAUGUCUUCGAGAAGCUGCUGAAGACCCCUGGUUCUGCUGAUGCAGGAGCCUGUGGCUACAAUGCUCUGCAUGCUGCAGUUAAAAAUGGCAAUUCAGCUAUAGCUAAAAUGAUUAUUGAGAAACGUCCCUGGUUGGCCAGAGAAGAAACCAAUAGUAAGAAUACUCCGAUGAAGCUGGCAGUCAUCUGGGACAAGAUUGAUGUACUACGAGUAUUGUUAGAACAUGACUGGUCUCUAGGGCAUGUCGUCUCCACGGAUGGCAGUACUCUGCUUCACUCUGCCGCGUUACGUGGCCAUGUUGGUGUUGCUAGGGAGCUUGUUAGGCAUUGUCCAGAUACUCCAUAUUCCAAUGCAAAUGGUUGGACAUGUCUUCACGAAGCAGUAUGCCAAGGUCGGGUGGAGUUUGUAGAAUUCAUCCUGGAAUCACAAGAGCUUCGCAAACUCAUUAACAUGCGAGAUAAAAGUGGGAAAACAGCUCUGCAUUACGCGGUCCACAAGUGCAAUCCGAAGAUCGUUGCCGCUUUACUCUUCCACAAAGAGGCAGACUUCACCAUGCUUGCCAACAAUAAUAGGGCAGCAACCUGGGAAUUAUAUGAAAUCAUCGAUCACGCCAAGACUUUAAACUGGAACGAAGUAUCCAUGCUUAUGUUGAAAGCUGAUCCUCAAGACGCAACAAAUAUUUAUAAUGUCUGGAGGGAAGCCCACCAUGAAGUGACAGAAUCAUCUAGGGAGGAUAUCAAGUCACUGACUCAAACAUAUACAGGCAACACUUCCCUGGUGGCGAUUCUCAUUGCCACCAUUACCUUUGCUGCUGCUUUCACUUUGCCCGGAGGAUAUAGCACUGAUGCUGGAACCGAGGGGCUUCCCAUCAUGGCAAGGAAGUUUGCGUUUAAGGCAUUCCUGAUCUCCGACACCUUGGCUAUGUGCUCCUCACUUGCUGUUGCCUUUGUAUGCAUCAUAGCCAGGUGGGAGGAUCUUGAGUUCCUGCUUCACUACAGGUCUUUUACAAAGAAGCUUAUGUGGUUUGCAUACAUGGCAACCACCACAGCAUUCGCAACUGGUUUAUACACUGUUCUGGCUCCUCGUCUCCUAUGGUUGGCCGUUGCGGUAUGCACUCUGACGUCUUUACUGCCCAUUCUCACUAAGAUUCUUGGUGAAUGGCCCAUCUUGAAGCUUAGAUUUCGGUUGGGUCAGAAUUUCAAUUCAGAGCUCCUCGAUAUGGUCUAG